UAACCUCUCUUUAUGUAUGUCAAAGACGUACAUACUAAAAUUGUUAUUUUUAGAUUUUGAUAAGAAAAUCCCAAAAAGAAAUUCAACCGUAUUAUGAUUUAAAUAAAGGUAUUCGUAGUAAAGCCUACGUUACUUACAAUAUUUUUUGUGCAACGUAGCAAAUAUUAAAAGAUUUUUAUAUUUUGCUAAAGGCCAACGAAAAUUUCAUGGAGCUGCAGUGACAUGUCUGUGGUUUUAGUGGGGAAUCAAUAAAUUGGUCUUUUUUACAGACCGCCACCGAAAUACGUUUCAUUAGGUCUUUUUCCAAGAAUUUUCUAGUAAAAAUGAAUCUACUUCACUCCAUUCCAAUUUUUGUCAUUCAAUUUGGUUGGAUAUUUUGUUUACCUGAACAAGGAAAAUGGGACUAUGAUGUGACUUCUGCUGGUCGACCAAUUUAUCUUAGCAAAAAUGUUUUCAAAGGAGCAAAAGUUUAUAUUAAAAUUAACUGUGAAACUGACACAGAUGAAAAAGUCAAGUUGAAUCUGGCAAUACUUCAAUCUCGCUGUUGGGAUCCUACUGAAGCUUAUGAUGAAUUAAAGGACCUCAUGCUUACUUCUUCUUCAAAAAUUAGCCAUCCACAGAAUAACUCGAUCAAAGUUUAUCAAUCAGUAGAAACAUAUUCAUGUAAUGACCACAUUUUUCUUAAACAGGGUGAAGUUAAUAAGGAGGAACAGAAAUCUGAAAUUAUCCAUCCUCUCCAUCAGUUUAUUCAUGAUGGGGUUUAUGUAUUGGGACUGGCAGUUACUAUCGAAAAUUCCGAAUAUACUAUAGGGGUUCAUAUUGAAAUCAAAAACGAUUAUGGAUAUUUAAGUGCUGUGGAUUGGCCUCUGCUGCCUUUUUAUGGAUUUAUGUGCAUAUACUACAUCAUCUUAGGACUGAUAUGGUUACUGCUUUCUUUUCUACAAUGGAAAGAACUAUUGAGAGUCCAGUUCUGGAUUGGUGGAGUCAUUUUACUGGGGAUGCUUGAAAAAGCGACGUUCUACGCAGAAUAUCAGAGCAUCAACACCACUGGGAUAGAAGUGCAGGGGGCGAUGCUCUUCGCCGAAUGGGUCUCGUGCGCAAAACGUACUUUGGCCCGCAUGCUCGUCAUCAUCGUCAGUUUGGGCUUCGGCAUCGUGAAACCGCGAUUAGGCCCCACAUUGCACAGAGUCGUCGCGGUCGGAAUUUUAUAUUUCUUUUUGGCCGCAUCGGAGGCGUACCUGAAGCAUACCAAAGCCCAAUUAGAGUCAAAUAGAGACCUCUUGGUCGCAUCUGUCCCAUUGGCUGUGCUCGAUUCGGCCAUUUGUUGGUGGAUCUUUUCCGCUCUGGUAAAUACCACACGCACCUUAAGAUUACGGAGAAACGAGGCUAAACUUUCACUGUACAGACACUUUACAAACACCCUCGUUUUUUCCGUGGUCGCGUCUGUGAUAUUUAUGCUUUAUUGCAUAAAGGCGCAUCACUACGCCGAUUGUUUGACCGCUUGGAAAGAUAUUUGGCUAGAGGACGCCUUCUGGCACAUUUUGUUUUCCGCGAUGCUAUUAGUAAUAAUGAUCCUGUGGAGGCCAACCAAUAACAACCAGCGAUACGCUUUCGUCCCUCUUCUGGACACCGGCGGAGGAGACGACGAGGAAGAAGAGCAUUUAGUGAACGAUGCGUAUGGCGUGAAAGUGCGAGUUAACCUACAGAAACAACAAGCAACAACGUCGCAUCACCGUAAUUCCGCAACAAUGGAGGAUGAAUUAAGAUGGCUAGAAGAGAAUAUUAAAAGUGAUCCGGCAUUGCCGGUGUUGGACUCUGACGAAGAGUUGGUCAGUACGCGCUUUGAAGUUUCUAAAAUGCAGUGAUUUAUUACUUAUCUUUGUUUCAUUUUGAGUAUUAACUUAUUUUCUUAGCUUUAUUGAUUUAUACAACAUACUGUAAUUUAAACAAAAAUAAAAAUUAACGUUUGUUUUAUAGAA